ACAGCAGCGGUCAGACGCGGUAACUGCACGCACCCUCUACGCCACGGAGGAGAACGGACGAGCAAGUGCGCACGCGCAGCGCAUACGCUGCUUUAUACGAAGUUUCUGGAUAUCUGGGCGCAACCCAAAAUAUUGAUUACGUUUGACAACUCUGAGACUCCCCCUAGCUGGAGAGAGAUAUUGUGCUGUGAAGAUGUCUGUGUCUUCGCUCUACCUCAACCAAGACACCAUGGUGCGCUUCAAGAGGAGAAAGGCACGUUUCUCCUUCAGUGAAGUGCACAUCCUGCUGGACGAAGUGCGGAAGAACCGCCACAUUGUUGUGGGUAAGUUUAACGCCGGCGUUCCCUCUGACGUGAAGCGCAGGAAAUGGGCUGAGAUCACGGCACGUAUUAAUGAGAUUGGAGAGUGUGAUAGAGAGAUCAUGGAGGUGAUUAAGAAAUGGUCAGAUCUUAAGUGCGACACGAAACGUAAAGUGGCUGCCCUGCGGACCGGUGCUUCGGUGACCCUGAGAUUGGCACGAUCCAAUAUUGAAUUGUCCCCGAUGGAAGUCAUUGUGGAAUCCAUUCUUGAACUGGACAAGAGACCAUGGGAAGCUACACAGCAGUCCAGAUCUCGCAGUCAUGGUGACGAUCAAGAGGCUGUGUGUGAGGAUGAGGAAGAGGAAGAUGGAGGGUUUGUGGGGAUGGGGUCGGUCAACAGUUCCCCAAGCAGAGGAUUGGAUGUGGGAGGAAUGCCUGCUACUACAAGUGGAUCUGGGGUUGCAAGUGAGGUGCGGUAUGACAACUCCAAAACUGGAGAUCUUGAAUCCCACUCAGAUGAGGACAACCGUGACCUCUUCCCAACAUCCUCUAUGGCAUCUGUCACUAACUCGUACUCUGAGGAGGAUGGAAUUGCAACUAGAGGCAGUAGUGGACAUGUUUCCUCCACAGCCACCGCUUCUACUAAAAGACCCUCGUCUUUCUCAGGGGUGGAGCCAGACAGUUCACGUGAGCAGUUAGUGCACAAUGCAAGCGUCAGCGUACAGGAGCAGCACACCACCAACACUAUUCUUGCCACGGUCUCCCGUUCACUUGAGCUCCUUGCGGAGUCAGUUCAGCAGCUAGCAGAGACUCAACAGGAGUUUGCACGAGAAUCACUGCAGCUACAGAGGGACACUGUGCAAGUGUUGCGAGAUUUUGCCUCCGGUGCGCUAACGAUACUGCAUGAAAAGGUCAACGGCAAACCUGCAUUGUGAAAUUUGUGUUUUGCCAUUAAAUGAUGACCAACAAGCAACACAGUGUGUGAUGCAUGGUUGAUACGAUACUGCAACCGGGCUGCAAAUAUUGUGUGAUCUAAACAAACACAACUUCUCACUGGAACCUCGC